AUGCGCUCGCCUUUCCUCACCCUGAUCCUCCUCGCCGUGCCCUCGGCCCUGGCAUCACCCUCACCCUGCACCGCCGCAACGAUCCAAUGUCCCCUCAUCUUCGACGGCCGCGUCCCCGCCACAGCGACGCCGCGGGACUUUGAUGCUCCUUUCGGUGGGGGCUGGAAUCCGUAUAACCCUGACUAUGUAAAGGGCGCAAACUUGUCCUGGUCGGAUAUCAUUCUCCUGCCGGGGCCGGUUCCGGUCUCCACUCGGCCCGGGACACGGUCCUCCCGCUUCGAUGCCGCGGAGAAGAAGCGUCCUCUCGAGGUCACAAUUUCCGAUGCGAGCAUUUUCAUGAAUCAGCAGGGUUUCCGGCGCGCGGGGCUGUUGUUUGCGAGGGAUGCGAAUGAGGGGAGUCCCGCGGGGGAGGGAGUGAAGACGAUGCAUUUUAGUGUGAGGUUGGAUUUGGAGAGGCCGUUGAAUUUGACGCAUGAGUAUCUUAAUGUCUGGCACGAGACGGCGGCGUAUGAUGCAAAUCAGUUCAAUUUCCAGACUGGUACCAUUAUCGACCAGCCAGGGUUACCAAAGGAUUCGUUUAAGCUGCUGGACCGGGAUAAUAAGCUGAUUUGGUCGACGCCGGUUGCGAUGGACGGGUCGUGGCAGAACUUUGCGCUCACAUUGGACUUUUUAAACAAUGCAAUUCAGAUGUGGUACUCUGCAGGUAUUGGCCCGCUCACGAAGCAGGGCAGCGCCGUCCCGGUCGACUUAACCGGUGACGGGCAAUACCAAGUUGGCAUCUUGAAGAAGCCGACGGGAACGGAUGACGUGGUGAACUCGGGGUAUCAAUCUCGUCACCUGAAUGAGGGUCUGAUUUACGGUGGGAUCUUCAUUGAAGACAGCGCCGGUGGUUGUGUAUCUAUCUAA